AUGCGGACUUCCUCCCUCCUGCUUCCCGUUGGAGCUUCCGUUGCCUACGCUCUUCCCGCUGCAGAGGACAAGAGACAAUCACAGACCAUCGCCAUCUCAGAGACAACGCCAAGCGACGCGAGCGAUACUGUCGACCACGGCUACCCGGCAUUCGCAUUCUCCCAGCACUCAUGGCAUGAGUACGCUGGCAACAAGUCUUCGCCCAACUCCUUCUCCGCAAAUCUCAUCGCAGAAGUCGCGUCAAGGACUGGCAGGUCCCCUCUCCAUAAGGUAAACUGCGAAAUCUGUCUGCUCACAAGGUCUAAAGGCACUUCGGUACACAUACGCGUAGGUGGUACAUCGGGAGACUUUUCCUACUACAAUGCUUCGCAAACGGAUAGUGCUCUAGUCCUUCCGCCUAACACACCAUGCGGCAGCAUCCCACACGGUAAGGAAGUGCAUCGGAAGAUCGUCAAAGGCUGCGGACUGACCUAAGUACGACAGGCAUGCAAAUAGGGCCCUCCUGGUUCCAAGGCUUUGCAAACAUCAACGCAAAGUACACAUACCAGUCCCAUUUUGCGAACAACACAGGUGGCUUCCAGGACAACUCUGCAGCGGCGAGUGUCCAAGCAAUGAAGUACAUCCCCUCAUCGAACCUUGAUUCACUCGAGAUCGGCAACGAAAUCAACUACUACCCAGGCUCGAAUAGACCGUCCGGUUAUAGCGUGUCUACUUACCUCAGCGAAUGGAAGUCGUACGCGAAGUCCAUUACGACUGCAAUCUCCAACACUGCCGUGCCAUUUCAAGCACCAGUCCUUUUCCCAGGUGACGCCACGUUCAACUAUCAAAACAUCUUCAACGCAGGUCAAGAUUCCCAAGGCUACACCGUCGCCACGACCUCCCUUCACCACUACAUGGACUUAGCCCCAGUCCCUAUCUUCGCCCUUCAAACGAAUUACAUGAAUCAUACGAACAUCGCCGCGAAGCUCGACAUAUUCAAGCCCGUUGUCUCCUGGCUCAAGAGCAACGAACCUUCCAUUCCGCUGCAUCUAGGUGAAGUCAACAGCAACACCUACUGCACUGGCAACGCGAACAUCCUUGGCGUUUUCGGCUCCGCUCUUUGGUUGGCCGACUACAUGCUGUACGGCAUGACUCUCAAUAUCAAGAGGAUGAAUGUGCAGCAAUCUUCCGGCUUCACGUAUGCCUCUUGGCGUCCAGUCACGUACUGUGGUGUUGCACCGGCUGUGAACCCACCAUACUACGCUCACCCAUUCGUAGCGGACAUCAUCGGUACAAAAGGCGAUAUACAGAUUUCCGAUCUGAAGCUUGGGCAGGAUACAUUUGCCGGGUAUGCGAUCUACAAUGUCACGACGAAUACGAUUCGCAGUGUCGUCUUGCUCAAUCUGCAAACCUACCGAACCACCGACUCUGGCUCUCGGCCGUCGAAAUCCGUCACACUGUCCGUCGGGUCAAGUUACACCGGCUCGGCGACUGUAGACAAGUUGACAGCCGAUGGAGCGGAUAUUGAAGAUGCCAGUCAGGUCUCUUGGAAGGGCAUCAGUUGGACAUACGCGAGCAACGGGAGACCUGUGCAAGGUGCUUCAACGUCGGUCUCGGUGCGUGGGAGCAGAGGCAGGAUUGGUCCGAUCACGGUGAAGGCGAGUGAGGCUGUUGUUGUUACGUUGUGA